GCCAAGGGGCAAAAUGGCUGCCUCAAAGAUGGAGAGGCAAACAAUAACAAAAGGGAUGCACCUGACAGUCUUGGUGGAAUACUGCAUUGAUAAUAUAAUAGCUGUCUUUCUCAUGCAUAAUGACCAAGAGUAUAGAGGUGUCCUAAUGCAAUGCGAGAAAAGAUUCUUUCCUGAGGAUGAACCAACCAAUGGAAGACUUCCAAUUUCAACAAGUUUAAAAGUUGAACAUUGUGCGAAACUGUGCAAUUUUUCUGAGCUGAACCCAGAGCAACAGAAGCAAGAUGUGAAAGACCCCAAGAAAGAGCUGUCUGCAUCUGUUCUAAGAUUCUCAUAUUCUAGUAACCCUUUCCUCAUCAACCCGAGGCCUGAGCCAGAAAUUCCGACAGUUGAAAUGAAACCAGUGACUCACAGGAAGAAAACUAUACGGGACAUUCGGCUCCGCCCUAGACAAACAUUAUGCACACGCUGUAAGACAGCCAUUCACGAUUCACACAAGGGGCAAGGGGCUGAACACUCCAAACACUCCCAUGAACCUUUAAAACUAAUACCUGCCAGCCGCUCGCCUUUAAAACAGAGUUUAGAUCCGUGUCCUCCUCCAUCCUUAAGACCGGGCUUGAGAAAGAGGAAAGGAAGCUUACAAACGCCAAUGGUGUUGUUGGAGGACAUUCAUGGGAAAAUGAAUGGGUCCACUGGCACCGACAAAAAGGUAAAAAUGCAUCAUGUCUCACAGCCUAAUCACCGGCAGUUGAUUGAAGGGAGAAGUGGGAGUGGCAGCAGGCAGCAGACACAGUUUAAUAACUCGAUAAAUUCAGGACCAGCCAAGGUCAAGUCAGCCACUCGCUCAGCCAGUUCGGGCAGCAUAAACAGUAGCAGUAGCACCUCUCUCAACGAUGGGCAGAGCAACGGUCAGACGUCCGAGUCUACCUGCAAGCUACUGCGGACCUGCCUUAAGUCUGUGAGAAAAGAGAAAGCCACAACCUCCACAUCUACAUCCACCAUGACCACCACCUCGGACCCCGUUCCUUCUUUCACUCACAAACCCACCCCGGCCAUAAAGAUUACUAUUGGAGAUGGAGACAUUCUGAAAAUUCCUCCACGACUUCCAAGCACAUCGGAGGCUGAGACUAAUAAACUGGAAUCGACUGUGACAAGGAUUAAGCUGUCGAACAUAUCACCAGCACUGGACCAUCAAGCUCAUAAGAAAGCGAAAAAGGCAGCUAAAAAGGCGAGAGAUAGAGAGAAGGAUCGAGGGUCAAAGGAUGAAGAUAUGGUGACAAACUUGAAGAAUGCCGACCAGCCAUUUUUAAGGGUUCAAAAGAAACACAAGAAAAAGCACAGACAUAAACAUGACAGUCCUAUCCACACAGCCUUGGACAUGGAUGAGAGGGAGAAGCAAAGUGUGGAUAAAGAUGUAGAGGAAAUGUGCCUAGCGUGGAUGGAGGGAGGAGAGACGGAGGAUCCUGUUACAGAGCAUGAGGUCAAGGACACUGUAUUUAAUAGUGAGAACAAUCUUCCGAUGCGCGAGCCGGAGGAAAAACCUCGGCCUCGGUUGGUGUACACGUGGAGACAGAAUCAGGGUUUGUCUCGUGUGGCCCCGUCUCCAAAACCUCUUUCACCAAAAGUCUCUCCAACUUAUUUUAUUAAAUCAUCCCCGAGCAUCAUCUCUGUGUCAAACUCUCCACAUAGGAGGAAAAACGCGUCUCCAGCGAGAGUUGUGGGCGCCUCCCCCAGCUGGGCCUUUUCAGGCUCCCCAGCCCACCUCCUAAAAGACUACCCUCUCCGCAGCAAAAGUAACAGUGCCUACAGCCCAGGUUUUCACUCGGAGCCGGUGACGUUUGGCGAGCACGGGCUGGUACAUACUUCCGAGGACAGUCAGUCUCACUCGAGCGGUGUCGACUCCAAUCUCAGCGACUUCCUAGACGACAUCGGUGACGACAGAAGUUCUGAUGGGUUUUUCGCUGCGAGCCACUCCCCUCCCGUCGAAGGAUCACACGAUGAGGGUGACGACGGCGCUAAUGACUGCAUUAAGCCUCUCAUGAUGAAAAUUCAGACUCAGAACGUGAGCGGCUGUGUGCUGGAAGAGGGUCGGGUGAUCCAUGUGGGGGACAUCGUGUGGGGGAAGAUUCAAGGCUUCCCGUGGUGGCCGGGCCGAGUGUCCACCAUCACCGUCACGCAGCGGGACAAUGAUGUGGUCAUCACUCAGCUGGCCAGCGUCGCCUGGUUCGGGUCCAACACUAUGUCUCACGUGCAUUGCUCUGACUUGUUUCCUUUCUUGGAAGAGUUCAAAGCUCGGUACAACAAGAAAAAGAAAGGGCAGUACAGAAUAGCCAUAAAGCAAGCUACCAUGGCGGCACAGAUGCUUGCGACUGCCUCUCAGCAGGAUGGCUUUGAGGAUUUUGAUUUAUGAGGUGUUAAAAGUGUUUUUGUCUUACUAAUAAGAUGUUUUGAGAUUUUAAGACAUGGGUUCCAGCUUUUAUAAACUUUUCAAGUGUCAUAUCAGUAAGGACCACAAAGCAGAUACUGGUUUCACUGGAAUGAUAUUCUCUUGUGACACCAACAAGUGAAUGGUUUUUGAGGUGUCGUUGAACAUUUUUGGUUUUCACAAGUCUUUUUUUGUUUUGUUUUACCCAAAAUAAAUACAGAUUAAUGGCAGCUGUCUAGUAAUGGUUUGACAAGGGGAGGAAUGUUUGUGUUUCUGAGGUGUUAGUUAUUAAGUUUCCUCAAAGAGAAGCAAAGUGGAUCCAGACAUGUAAACUUUCUUUUUUUCUCACAAUGGUGUACAUUUCAUGUGUUUUUGUCACUGAAUGGAAGAGCUGGCAAUUUUUCCCCAGCAACUAGGGCAAUGCUUCGUUAUAUAUUUUAUUUGAAGAGAAUGAAGUGUGGGAAGCCUUCUAGCAUUGGGAUGAGAAUGUCAAAGAGAAAGCUAAUCAAAUUGCAGUUAUUGAGAGACAUAGAUGAGAAGAAAGCGUAAAAAAAUGUUGAAUCAGCUGCAAGUUCAAGUGAGCAUUCCCUGCUCUACACAGUUGACAAUCACCCUUGUAUGAGCCAUCUUCCAAAACUGAAAACACGGCCUAAUGGAUGUUAUUUCGGUGGUCCUGCAGAUUAUGGUUUUAGCAGAUUCCAAUGAAUUUAUCAUUUGUAGUCUAUUUCCUAGUUCACAAAGUUAGAACUUAUUUUAGAAGUGGUCUGCUUUUUUUGGCUCUCACUUCCAAAUGUAAGAGUUUUGAAACUUGUCCCCUCUGUUGGUUUAGAGGUAAUUUAUUAUUACAUUUUUGUGCAUGUUUUCGAGGAUCUGUCUGUUUCCAUCCUGCUCUGCUCGAAGGUGCCUGAAUAAAGUCGGAGACAAAUUAGGUUCAAAAAGGCUUAUAAUUUAUUUUCUUACUUUUACUAAUGGUAGUUUUUUAUGAUUCAUAGGCGGGACUUGAAAGCUUUGAAAUUUUAUUUUAUUUUUUUAUUAUUAUUAUUUUUAAAAAUUCUUCGUUAAUUCUAUUCUAUAUCUGCAGAUGCUCAGCAGGUUUCAUAAAAUUUAUAUGUAUAUAUAG